AGGGGGCGGGCGACGGGCGGGCGAGGCGGGGCGGGAGGAGGGCUCGCGGGAGCUGAUAUGUCCGCCAUCUUGGAGCGGCGGUGAUGGUGGCGAGCGGCACCUUUCCCGCCUGAGCAGAGGCAGCCCGGGGCGCGCUUGGCGAGGGAGAAAUCUGCUUCAUCUAAUUCAAUCCUAAUUCAGUCCUGCUAAUCUGCUAAUACUGUAGAUUGAAAGAUUUUUUGCUGUUGCCAGGAUACCCUGUGAUGGGCAAGGAGCCUGAGAGAAUACAAAUCAUUCUGUUUCUCUAACUUUUAACAAACUUUUGUGUUUAACAGACCAGCAUGUUUUGGAAAUUUGAUCUCCAUUCGUCAUCCCACAUAGAUACACUUCUAGAGAGAGAUGAUGUAACGCUGAAAGAACUGAUGGAUGAAGAGGAUGUUCUGCAAGAGUGCAAGGCUCAGAAUCGCAAACUUAUAGAGUUUCUGCUGAAAUCAGAGUGUUUGGAAGAUCUAGUUUCAUUUAUUAUUGAAGAGCCACCUCAAGACAUGGAUGAAAAAAUUCGAUAUAAAUAUCCAAACAUAUCAUGUGAGCUGCUUACAUCAGAUGUCUCACAAAUCAAUGAUAGGCUGGGAGAAGAAGAAUCCUUACUUAUGAAACUGUAUGGCUUCCUCUUAAAUGAAUCUCCUCUGAACCCUUUACUGGCAAGUUUCUUCAGCAAGGUGCUAAGUAUUCUUAUAAGCAGAAAACCGGAGCAGAUUGUGAAUUUUUUAAAGAGGAAGCAUGAUUUUGUGGACCUCAUUAUUAAGCACAUAGGGACCUCUGCUAUCAUGGACUUGUUGCUCAGGCUGUUGACUUGCAUAGAACCUCCACAGCCCCGGCAAGAAGUGUUAAAUUGGCUAAAUGAGGAGAGAAUUAUCCAGCGGCUUGUGGAAAUUGUACAUCCGUCUCAAGACGAAGAUAGGCAUUCAAAUGCAUCACAGUCACUCUGUGAAAUUAUUCGUCUAAGCAGAGACCAGAUGUUACAAGUACAGAACAGUUCAGAACCAGAUCCACUGCUUGCAAGCCUAGAGAAGCAAGAAAUCAUAGAGCAGCUGCUGUCUAAUAUAUUUCAUAAAGAAAAAAAUGAAUCUGCAAUAGUCAGUGCAAUCCAAAUACUAUUGACCUUACUUGAGACCAGACGACAGACAUUUGAAGGCCAUAUAGAGAUCUGUCCUCCAGGAAUGAGCAAUUCAACAUAUUCGGUCAACAAAAGCGUUUUAGAAGCCAUAAAAGCACGACUUUCUGCCUUCCAUGAACUCCUGCUUGAGCCUCCAAAAAAAAGCGUCAUGAAGACAACUUGGGGUGUAUUGGAUCCACCUGUGGGAAACACACGUUUAAAUGUUAUUAGAUUAAUAUCUAGCCUUUUACAGACAAAUACAAGCAGUGUAAAUCAGGAACUUAUAGAACUUAACAGCAUAGGAGUAAUACUGGACAUGUUCUUUAAGUAUACGUGGAAUAACUUCUUGCAUACUCAAGUAGAAAUCUGUGUUGCACUGAUUCUUGCCAGUCCUCUUGAAAAUACAAAAAAUGACACAAUUACAGAUCAGGAUUCCACUGACAAUCUCUUACUGAAGGGACAAGGAGACAAUCUCUUACUGAAACAUCUCUUCCUUAAGUGCCAAUUAAUAGAACGAAUACUUGAUGCAUGGGAGAUGAAUGAGAAGAAGCAAGCUGAAGGAGGAAGACGGAAUGGCUAUAUGGGUCAUCUGACAAGGAUAGCGAACUGUAUUGUACAUAGUACAGAUAAGGGUCCGAACAGUACACUAGUCCAGCAGCUCAUUAAAGAACUUCCAGAGGAGGUCAGAGAGCGAUGGGAGACGUUCUGCACAAGCUCCUUAGGAGAAACUAACAAGAGGAAUACAGUGGACCUGGUUACUACCUGCCACAUUCAUUCUUCCAGUGAUGAUGAAAUUGACUUUAAAGAAACUGGCUUCUCACAGGAUUCUUCUUUGCAGCAGGCCUUUUCUGAUUAUCAGAUGCAACAAAUGACGUCCAAUUUUAUUGACCAGUUUGGCUUCAACGAUGAGAAGUUUGCUGAUCAAGAUGACAUUGGCAAUGUUUCUUUUGAUCGGGUCUCAGAUAUCAACUUUACACUCAAUACAAAUGAAAGUGGCAAUAUAGCCUUGUUUGAGGCUUGCUGUAAGGAGCGGAUACAGCAGUUUGAUGAUGGUGGCUCUGAUGAAGAAGAUAUUUGGGAAGAAAAACAUAUUGCAUUUACACCAGAGUCCCAGAGGCGUUCCAGUUCGGGCAGUACGGACAGUGAAGAAAGUACAGAUUCUGAAGAAGAGGAUGGAACAAAACAAGACUUGUUUGAAUCGCACACCAAUGCAGAGGACAAAAUGGAAGUAGACUUAAAUGAAUCCCCAAACUGGUCAGCUAACUUUGAUGUACCCAUGGAAACUGCACAUGGUGCCAAUCUGGAUUCUGUCGGCUCUGAUGUGUGGAGUACAGAAGAACCUAUGCCAGCAAAAGAAACUGGCUGGGCUUCCUUUUCAGAGUUUGCAUCCUCCUUGAGCUCAAAAGAUUCCUUAAGAAGUAAUUCUCCGGUGGAAAUGGAAACAAACACAGACCCAGUCGAUCCCUUGAGUGCAAAUGUAACGGCUCUUGCAACGCAGCUAGAGACUCCAGGAAGUGUUGCUAUGGAAGCCAGCUCAGAUGGAGAGGAUGAUGUAGAAAAUGCAGACAAAGUAACUGAAACAGUAAUGAACGGCAGCAUGAAGGAGACACUGAGCCUUACUGUAGAUGCUAAAACUGAAACAGCUGUCUUCAAAAGAGUAUUGAAAUCUUAUCGUGAGGAAGGAAAAUUGUCUACCUCGCAGGAUGCUUCUUGGAAAUACGUAGUAGAAGAGAAUGCAGAUGUUGCAGAAGAGGCUCCUUCAGCUCUGCAGCCUAAUAACAGCAGUCCAGAACGGAGGACUGAUCAACACACCCAUUUAGGAGAGCCAUCUGUUAAUGGUCCUGUAUGAUAUGUGGUGUCUGCUACCUUGGUUGAAGAAAACGAACUGAUAUCCAGGUGUUUGAGUGUUUCUUGAGGAUUUCAUCUGGACCCUGUUGAAGCCAGUUACUGCUGCACUAAUUUCGCAAGGGAUCUGGACCAGCAACAUUUAUAUUCUAGAUUUUAAGACAUUGUACAGAAAUUCGUAAGUGUAAAAAUAUUGCACAUUGAGAAAUACCAAUAAUUUUUGCCUAUGUUUAUAUUGUAUUGUUCUGAAUAAUAGGUAGCCUGUGAAAUAAGAUCCUGCUACCUAUGUAAUGAUGACAGUAGUGUUACUAUAGUUCAAAUGGCUGUAAGAAUAGUUUUAUAAAAAAGUGAAAACACAAAUCUAAUGUAUUUGAGACAUAACUAUUUGACAAUUAGUGUGACCAAAGUAUUUAGCAGUUUUCAUACAUUUUUCACCUUGUAAAAAAGAAAAGAAAAUGAAUUAAUGUUUCUUCUGAAACUGAAAUGCCCUAUAAAUGUUAUUUUCAUUGUUUUAGCUUACAAAAGUGAUUUAAAUAAGAAUUUUUUGGUGUUCAACAUUUUACAAGUUUUUUAAUUGGUAUUUGUUUUCUGUAUUGUUUAAAACAGACAAAAAUGUAAGUCUAUUGCUAGGGAUUUUAAGUAUUUAUUGCUACAAUUUAGUUGAUAAAUAGAUGUUACUGUAAAGCCAUAUGUUCUGUUAAGUCUUGUUUGCUUGAAACAAUACCUUACUGGUGAAACACUAGAAUAUUUGAAGUGCACAUGGCUUGUUGUGUUUAAGUGAUUCACCUGCCUCUUGACCCAUUCUCCAAGAUUUAUUUUAAUACCAAGCAUUUUGGAACAAUCUGCGUGCUUAAAACGCUAUAAUCCUUUUAGACAAGUCAAGUAAAUGAAAUGCCCGUGCUGCUAAUGUAAUUACAGUACAUGCAUUUUAAAAGUAUAUAGUGUUUUUAAUACUAAUUUUGGCAGCAGAGCAUGUUAAUUGUUACUUUUACUGUACUGAUCUGUGUGAGGCUUUCAUUUGUAUGUUCUAAACCAGUUUUUUCACAGCUGGUUUGUGUAUAUAUAUAUAGUGAUUAUGGAAACUAAUUCUGUGUAAUUUAUAAUUUUCUAUGUCAGUGUAUAAUUCCAACAGCCUUCUCAAACAAACAGUAGCAAUAUACUGUAUAUUGCCACAUUGUCCGAUGAAAGGGUUAAAGUACUUAACCUCCUGCACUUUUAGAUGCAAAUCCAUUUUUGUUUCUGGAAUAGUUAUUCAUUUAUUUUGUACAUCGUUUGUUUUUCUGACCAGUAUUUAAAGCCAAAAGGAUACUCUAAACAAUGGCCAAUGACUUAUUUUUUAGAAGGCAUCCCAAGCAACGUGCCUAAACGUUACAUUGCAUAGAGAAAUAAAAAACCAAAACAUAUAUGUAUAAUGGAAUUUCCCUUAUUGCUUCCUCUCUUUUAUUUUCUGCGGUACAUUUUGGUGGCACUCGUUAUUGCAAAUUGUUACAAGCUGAUCAGUUGUGCUUUUCCCCUCUGUUUUCACACGAUAUUGUAAUGUAAUUCGUAACUAUGGUUGUCCUUUUAUUGGUACUAUAUAAAUUAUGGAAUCCAAUCAGCUGUUUCUUCUUCAGUUCAGAAUUCUUUCCAGAUCAGCUUGACCAAAAAUGUUUUGUAUAUUAGCUUUAGGGUUGGCAACUUUCGUUUUAUUACUUUCUGAUCUGUUAUUGAACAAGCAGUUUUUGAAACAAACCCACUUAUUUCAACACAUGCAUUGGAAUCCAAGUAGAAAUCUGAAAUGCAGGAGAGCAGGGUGUUGUGGUAUAUGUUUGACAGUUAGAACUUUUGUCCUUUCCAGUGGAGUUAUUUGUCCCUUGUUAACAAGUUUGACUAGCUACCUAGCCAUGAAAAAUGAAGGAGAUACUGGCAGCAAAUUAAUUGAAAGUAUUUCAGCCGUGUUGCCUACAGUUUGGCAAAGUCUUCAGUAUGUUGUCCUUCCUUUUGUUUAAUGAACUUUCAUAUCAGUCCACUAUACAGUUCAUACAGAGCUCAAAAUUGGAAAAGGGGAGUAUUUUGUCCGCUUUUCUCACUGUUCAUGAUAAUAUCAGUCAAGUAGAGGUGCGAGAAGUGAUGGUGAGUGGAAUUCAGCCUUUUGAUAUAGUUUGCCUUCUGAUUAAAGAGUGCAAUAGAGGUAAACCAGGUUGGCUUACCUAAUGGUGGUUCCGGUGGUCUUGAGGGUUCUUCCUUACUGUUGCAUUUAUUGUUAGUUUUUACAGCUUCUGUGGAAGGUGAGUUAAGCCUAGAAUUUAACCUAGUCAGCCUGUUCAGAGGAGAUUUAGUGUGUGUGUUUUAUCCACUAACUGUAUUACUUAUACAAGGAAUCCUGAAUUUGAAGGGAAAGCUUUGGAGGUGUGGUUUUGGGAUAGUGUGUGGGUGUGUGUACACACAUACACACUCCUUUUGCUGUCUUUUACCAACACUUAAUGCUGUUUACGUAGGCUUGCAAAGGUUUGAACAUACUUGGAGAGUUCUUCCGAGUAGCUGUGUUAUCCGACCUGUUUAAUCAAAUUUGAUUUGCAUGCAAUGGAAUUUGAGUUUUCUUCAUUAAAAGAUAUUUUAAUGCAUUUGUGAGAUGGAGUAACGUCUAAUACCUUGUACAAGUUUGACUUCCUACAAUGUAGGAUUUGGGGUGAAGUAAGCUUGCUUUGAAUGACUCAUAGCAAAUAUGUACAUUGCCACAUUUCACAAUAUGUUUUGAAAUGGUUAGAGGCUCAGUCACUUGAAACUGAGGAAUAGUGAUGUCUGUUAAUAUCAAAGGGCAGUGGAUUUGACCCUCAGGACUUUGGUAAAGGAUUUUUACUUAAGUAAGAACAUGUUGCAAAAGUGGCUAUACCAGUAAUAUAUGCAAUAGCUCAUUGCCUCUUCAGACCUGUGUCUUUGUUACCUGGCAGAGUGCGUGAGCCAUGCCUACUUGACCAGUUAAACCAUUAUUUUUAAGUGUAAGCCUUUUAUAGCAAGAUUAUUCCCUUUACUUAGAAGGGUAAGUUGUCAUCUUGACUAGUGUUACGGUUACUAAUUAAGCAAGCAUUCCCCCUGUUCAUCAAAUUGACAAUAGGAUAGUUGAAACAAUCUCAUUAUUAUAUAAUUGUAAAUGCAACCCGGUGUGACCAUGCUCUUGAGUGAAACCUGCUGACUUGUUGCUGUUAAGCCUUGUAUCUACCUCUUGAACAGUGAGUUCUGGCUUGUCAUCUGCAUAUUCCUGUGGAAACUUACUGUGAUAUCUGUUCUUUGAAAUUCACCUAGGAGUUAUGAAAGACUUAUGAGGAAGAUGAAUCAGGUUGUGUAUCAUUCGUUAUAAACUUAUCUUCCUGUUUAAAUUAGCUUUAAUUUCCUUGGAUAUUGUUUUGUUUUCUGUUUUAUACCAUUUUCUGUCUUAUACAGUUGUAUCAGGAAGUAUUGUGUAUAACUGAUGGCUCUAUUAAUAUACUUAAACAAUCGCUUCUAUUUCAAAAUAAAUAGUGCUUUCUCCAGUAUAGAAGUAGUGCUUCAAGUUUCAUUAUAAAAGUGUCUGUAUUGUUUUCCAAGUCAGGGUGGAAAUGGAAGUUAAUGCAGCAACAAACCUUUUUUGUUAAGUUUUUAAAUUCUUUUAGUUUCUGCUUCGCAGUUCCUAACAGGUAAGGAUUUGGCAUUCUUCUGUUCCAUUGUUGUUUGAAUAUGUAAGAGUACAGCAUGGAGAAAGACCAAGGCAAUAAAAUUAAACUGAAAAAAAAACCCCAAAACCUCAGCCUAAAAACAGAAGCAUCUUCCUGACGCCUUUAGCUAGGACAGUUCAUGAAGUCUUUUAGACUUGCACAGACUUGGCUUGGCUUUCUGGUUCAAAUUGUUCCAAGUCCUGUGCUUAGUCUUGGUUAAUGACUUGCAUGUAAUUACACUUCUUUUACUGAUGUUACAAGGAACUCGGUGUGUACUUCUUAAUCUUCUGCCACAAGCUGAAGCAGUGACAAGAACUGAAUGUUAUAUUGUGGUUUGCUAGCAGUAUCUUUCAGAAUUUCUCUCUCCUAGAUAAUCCUGGGCUUAGUCUUUGAUGCAUUUUUCUGUUGGAGAGAGGAACUUUCUUCUACAUUUUUAUCUUCUUUAAAUUGGUAAGUACCCUGCAAAAUGAGGUAGGAUUCCCUUUAGUUCAUCUUUCUGGCCAUAGCUUAAGUAGUGUAAUUUUGAUUCUAGGACCUUCUUCAAGAUUGUUCUCCCUUCUCAUUUUGGAUCUCUUCUGAGUGGUGUGAGUGCUUUCCUAUGAUCAAUAUUCUCCACGUCUCAAAGCAUGGAUUCUAAAGACUGUAACUUAGGUCAUGAUUAGCUGUUGGCAUACAGUCAUCUAGACUAAGAGAACCAAAUCUUGCCUAGCUAUGGUUGAGUAGAUUUUUGUCACUCAUGUCUCAUGAGAGUCAACUUAAACUUUACUGAAGCAAAUGGGUAUCUUCUUGUCUCACUGUUUUAGUCUAUGAUAGUUAGGUAGAUCAGUGGUUGAUUCUUAAGGGCAGUACUUAGUUAUUUUCAGAUGGAACCUGAGCCUAUUACUUAGAGAUCUGUUGGGACUGCUUUUGAACUCCAGUAUGUGCUACUUUUCCUUUCUCUCUUAACUGGGGGUUGGGGGUAGGGAUGGGUUGUCGUCCACUCUUACCUGUGGUAAUUAUCUGUCAAAGCUUGUCAGAAUGUUAUCUUGGGUAAUAGAUUAACCUGGUUCUUUUGUGAGGGCACUGAAGCCUGACUGCAUAUGUGGCAAAUAAUACAUACUUUUCCUUACACCAAACAGAGUUAAGAGUUUGCCACUUUUUCAAACCAAAGAUACCAAAUGUUGACUGUCUCGUGUUGGUUCUUAUAUCAGACAAUGGCACAAGAUUAAGCCUACUGACUGUCUGCUAAAACUCAAGUGACCUUGUUUCUAUUGUUGUUAGAGUUCUCCAGAGCACCUUUCCUGCUAUAUCCUUAUAGAAACACUUCUUGUUAAUGCUGUGUUCAUUAAGUGUUGUUCUUCUGUAGUCACUGCUAAAAUCAUUCUUUGAAGUGUGCUUUCAAAUGAGUAGUGUUCUGCUUUGGAGUGAGUCAUAGUGGGCUGUGCAUAUUGAUCAGCCAGCAUUCAAAUGAGAAAGGGUAGUAACUAGGAAUUGAGAUGUUCGUGGGACUGCUGGGUACAAUUCCUUUUGCUGAAGAAGUGUGCAGCACUUUUUUUUUUAAAAUGCUGGUACUGUGCAUGUCUAGUUUUGAAGUACUCUAAAGAAAAGUCUUUGAAAUUGGGAAAUGAUGGGUUACUUUCUGGCAACUGAAUUGUUUCAGGUGGGUUAUUUAAAUGAUUUUAUACAUAAUUCAUAUCUGUUGCUGUUUCCAAGCACUCAAGACAGUUUUUUAACUAAGCUGGAUAAAUAGAGUAAUACACACUUGUGUGUGCACACAUCAAAGGGUAGGAUAUAUUCUCUUCUUAACACAGCUAGCUGCAGUGUAUAUGGUGCAUUUCCUAAAUGGACUGAACUGUAGAAUACUACAAAGAAGGAGGUACUUGUGCGCAUGGUAAAGGCCAUUCUUAAGUACUUGAGUAAAUACAAAUUUUUUUAAGUUUCUGUCUCUGCAGAUGUAGACACUUACCAGUAGUCUAUGACCAGCCUGAGUGUAAUUCCAUUGGAGGAAGAACUUAUGCUUCCGGUUUCUGAGGCUAUAUUCAACUUUUUAUUAAAAAUGAUUUCUCUGCUUUUCUCAUAGUCCAGCUACUUGAUAUAUUUGAGCCUUUUUGCUGACAUGCUUAUAGCUUUACAGAAACCAAGGCAAGAAUUUGCAUCUGUGAUUACUGAAUCAGCACUGUGUGCUUCAGCCAAAAGUGGUUCAUCUGCAUUGUCUUGGUGCUAUUAAUCUGUUAAGUGCCAUACUUCGCGUGCUGGAUUAAUUUUUUUCUUGAUAAACUGGUGAGAUCUAGCUGCUUCAGCAACUGUCACCGGUACUACCCUCAAGAGCAUGCUGACAGGUUGACUUGCAGCUUUGAAUUUGCACAGAUAUAAACCAUAACUGCCGGUGUGAGAAUGGUAGGGUCUCUCUGAUGUGGUGCAGCAAGCCUCUGACUGCUCUAAGGAGUGCUCUCAUGCAUCCUGAAAACAGUCCACAGGAAGUAAACUCACCUGGAUGGUUACCUGCUGCUCCCUAGGAGCUUCUUGGUCUCUGCUGGAGGAAUAAAUUGCUCUUGACUUUUCAUUUAGUCCAGAGAAAUGUAGCUACAGAUAAUGCCUUGAGCCACCCAAGUGUCUGGGCUGAGCAGGCUGUGUAGAAAGGUCUUUGCAGAUGACUCGGCUCUGAAGGAAGCUUUCACAUUUUCCCACAUGCCUAGUGGGAGUGUCCAAUUAUGUUGUAGAACGGAGUAUCUCAAGAAAAAGGUUUCAAUGUAAAACUAGGUGCAGAUUAAUGGUUAUAUUAGCCUUGCAUUUGCAUAUGAAGGUGCUUGGUGCUCUUUCAGCUGCUUCUCCAACAUUCUUUUGUGUGUCAUAUGUGAAAGUAAUUUAGAAUAUAGUCCGUACUAACUAACCAGUUACUUCAGUAAGAAGGGUAGCAGCUACUUCGACUUGCAUUUUUGUGCCAAGUGUCUGGAAAGGAGUAAGGAAAGUGGUGUUGGGGUAGCAUGACUGGUUCCUAGAGAAACUAGAUCACUCAGUUACUCUGAAACAUGUUUAUUAGGAGCAAGAAGUUCUUCAUGAUUACAAAUGAGCAAAGUCUUAUGGUUAUAGGUAGGCAGCAGAGUCAAAUGUGAGUAUCAUCUCUAUUGCACGUAUCAAGAUACUGGCUUGAAAGAAAUAUAGCAGAUAAAUGAUGCUUUGAGGGCAGAGGAAGGGGACUUGGAGUUCUUAAGCUAGCUCUUGUUUCUCUUUCUGGUCAUUCAACACUUAACCUUCUUUUUCUAGCUCGGUAUGAAUGAGCCUGUGAAUGGCCUUGUGCUCCUGGAAGAAUUUUUUUUUCUAAUAUUUCAUAGCCAUGAUGCUUGCUUCAAGUUAAUUACAAAGGGAAAUUAUGAAGUUGUGAGUUGCGCUGGAAGAAGAAGGUAGGAUACACAGUAACUGAAUUCUCUGAAUAAAUUGUUAAUAUGAAAUCAGAAUUUAUACUGAUAUUGUGGGCUGAGUAUUAGGUAAUGAAAUAUAACGUGAAGAUUCAGAAACUCAAAUGAUUGCUGCUGCUAGACAAAAAUUAUAAGGUUAUUAGUUUUCUUUAACUCUCUUAAAACAAUUGACAUAAUUUUCUGUCUAGACUUGCUAUAAGGACUUUGGAUUUAGUCUUAACUCAUGUCCUGGUUUCAGCUGGGAUGAAGUUAACUUUCUUCAGCUGGCCUGGCAAUGAGAGAGCAGGGUGAGCACUGCAUGGGAAGCUGGGAAGGAAUGCAGCUGGGACAGCUGACAUAGGCUGGCCAACAGGGUAUUUGAUACUGUGUGAUACCAUACUGAGUAUUGGGCGGACUUGCCUAGGAGCAGGGGGACGUCACUGCUGGGGAACAGGCUGGGAAUCAGUUUUGGUGUGGUGAGCAGUUGUACUGUGCAUUACUCGCUUUGUAUAUUACUUAUCACUAUUGUUACUUCUCUUCAUUUACUCUCCUAUUAAAUUAUCUUUAUCCCAACCCACAAGUCUUACUUUUUUUUCUUUCAGAUUCUCCUUCCCAUCCCACCAAGGGGAAGGAUUGAGAAAGCUGCCACAUGAUACUUAGUUGCCCACUGGGGCUAAGUCAUGAUAGUCCCUUUUGGAGCCCAACAUGUGUCUCAGAGUGUUGAGAUAAUGACCGAUCUUGUUAAAACAAAUAUGCAUUUAUUGUAUUAGUUAAGUAGUCACUGGUCACAAAGUAGUUUCAUUUGUUCAUAUGAUUGUGUUAUGUAAAUUAUGUGCACUAUAUAUUCCCUGCAGCUCUGGGAGAGGCAUCAUGAUUAUAAUUUGCAGUGCUGUGUAAUAUCAACUUAAUGUCACAGGUCAUGAGAUUAAGCUGGUAUUUGUAUGCGUCAUUGCUGUUGUGUCUGUACCCCAGGUUCAGAUUCUGUACCUCAGAAUUUACUAAUCAUAGAAUAGUUUGGGUUGGAAGGGACCUUUAAAGAUCAUCUAGUUCCAACUCCCCUGCCAUAGGCGGGGACAUCCCACUAAAGCAGGCUGCCCAAGGCCCCAUCCAACCUGGCCUUGAACACCUCUAGGGAUGGGGCACCCACAACCUCCCUGGGCAACCUGUUCCACUGUCUCACCACUCUCAUAGUAAAGAAAUUCUUCCUAAUGUCUAAAUCUGACCCUCUCCAGUUUAUACCUGUUCCCCCGGUCCUAUCCCCACAAGCCUUUAUGAAUAGCCCCUCUCUAGCUUUCCUGUAGGCCCCCUUCAGGUACUGGAAAACCGCUAUAAGAUCUCUGAGCCUUCUCUUCUCCAGGUUGAACAAGCCCAGCUCUUUCAGCCUGUCCUCAUAGGGAAGGUGCUCCAGCCCUCCAGUUGUCUUUGUAGUUCUCCUCUGGACCUGUUCCAAAAGUUCCAUAUCCUUCUUACGUUGAGGAUUCCAGAACUGGACACAAUAUUCCAGAUGAGGUCUCACAAGAGAGGAACAGAGGGGCAGAAUCACCUUCCUCGACCUGCUUGCCGUGCUUCUUUUGAUGCAGCCCAGGAUACGGUUGGCCUUCUGGGCUGCAGGCGCACAUUGCUGGCUCACGUCAAGCUUCUCAUCGACCAGCACCCUCAAGUCCUUCUCUGCAGGGAUGCUCUCAAGCACAUCAUCCCCCAGUGUGUACUGAAAAUGGGGAUUGCCCCGACCCAAGUGUAGGACCUUACACUUGGCCUCGUUGAACCUCAUGAGGUUCUCAAAGGCCCACUUCUCCAGCCUGACCAGGUGGCUUUCUAAUAAUUUGCAGGAAUAUGGGGAGGGGAUACUUUUUCCUGCUUUUUCACCUUCCAGUUCUCGUUCAGGUGACUUCUAUUGACAAACAACUGCAGUGACCAAAGAUCAUCUGACCUUGAAGAUUUCAGAUUAAGGAGUACCAAGAAUGAACUGCCUUCCAUCCAGGGUAACAGUGUAACUACUCAUUUUAAGUGGUUGCCCCUCACUUUAGACUGGCAGGUUGAGUUGGGCAUAUGGGCAGACUGAUCUGUGACAUUAGGAUCAACAGAUCUAAAGUUAUUGGAGCAGACUCUUUGACUUCUACUCCCUUUCUGGCAGAACUACUGGGCGUUUUUUCUUGCUGUUUCACUAACUUUGGCAUUUACAGGGAGAUAUCCAUGUCAAAAAAUAUAAAUAAAUCUUUUAGAGCUUAGUACUGACUAAAGCCACAAGGUGGCACCUUCAUCUGCUGUGAAGCAUUGCUCACCAAACUUCAUUUACCAAAGUAAACAUAGCUCCAGAACUGCCCUUUUGAACAGGGAGUUAUCCUGACUCUAUUAGCCCUGGGUUUGUCUGGGAUAGAGUUAAUUUUCUCAAGAAGCUGGGAGGGGAGACAGAGUGGCUAAAGGGAUAUUUGAUACCAUGAAAUCAUGCUCAGUAUGUAAGUGGGGGUAGUUGGCCAGGGAAUGGAGGAGGAGGAUUGGCAGAGUAGUUUGGGUGUGGUUGUGGUUGGCAGCACAUGUCACAGUGUAGUUUGCUGCGUGGCUCAGGAGUCCAGAUCAGAAGCAUGACGGGCCUAGUUUUUUACAGUGGUGUGUUGUUUGCACUAUGUAUCAGUUGCUUUGUAUAUUCUUUUAUUGUCAUUGUAAUUAUUGGUUUUUUCCUUAUUUGCUCUUAAACCGUUUCUGUCCCAACCCACCAGUUUUACCUUUGCUGGUUUGAUUCUCCUCCCUGUCCCACCAGGAGGGGGAAAGGAGUGAACCCAUGUGGUUCUUUGUUGCCAACGGGGCCUAAACCUCAACAGUCCUUUUUGUCACCCAAAAUGAGGUCUGAAGGGUUGGGAUAAUGACAAUUCUGACUAGAUCAUGUUAAAACAAAUUUGUUAUAAGCAUUCAUUGUAUUAGUUUAAUACUCACUGGUCACAAUGCUGUAUUAGUUGUUGGCAUGUCUGUGUUACGUAAAUCCUUAUGUGCAGUAUAUUUCCUUGUGGUGCUGUUUAUUCCCUCUAAGAAACAGAUCAAGAUUAUUGUGUUGCUGUCUUGUGUAAUAUUAACUUACGAUAUAGUAACGUUUGUGGUCAUAAAAUUUACAUGGUAUGUGCCCGCGGCACUGCUGUCAUUUCUAUACCUUGGGCCUCAUCUCUCAGAAUUUAUUAAUAAUCACACCCAGUCUGUGGGGAAGACAGGGGAGGAUACUUUCCCCUGCUCUUUCACCUCCUCUUUCCUCCCCAGGUUAGUUAGAACAGCUUUUAAGAAUUCUGAAUAUCCUUGGGAUAUUUGAGCCAGCAUGUUCCUAUUGCUUUCCCUUGAAUGUGUUUCAGAUCUUGUUUAGGGUUAAACAACUAUUUAAAAAAACAAACAAACAAAUCUACUCAAAGUCCUUUCCCAAGGCUGGAGAGUUAUGAGUGGUAGUGUGUGUGGAAUAGCAUCAGUAAAUGCCUGGGACAGUGGGCACCUCCAGUGCUUCAGAACUUCACCCCUGAGCAGAAUCAGCAGAACAAGUGCAGAAUCCUGAAAAACUACUAGAAUAUUCAGAAGAAGUAUGCUGUUGCCCUGGCAAUUCUAGGGAGACACAAAUCAUUGUGAUAUGCUGGAGCCUCACCUACGCCUUCUGAGCCCUGUUCAGCAUUAUGCAGCACCCUCAAGAGAAAGAGGGAAAACAGACUGACAGGCUCAGUGGCUAUCCCAACCCUUGUAACAAGCACUGCAGCUACUCCAACCCCAGCAACAGGCACCGUGGCUACUCCAGUCCAUGGCAUCAGGCACUGCAGCAGAACCAGAGAACCAACCCGUGCUGUUAUCGGCCACCCCCACACAGAACAAGAAAUAGACAAAACCCCAAUUCACUUAGUGAGGGGUGAAAGUGUAUUCUAUUUCUAUUAUUAGGGUUAGCCUUCCAGGGGACAGUCCUAUUUAUAUCACUCUAUAUUGAGAGCCACAACUUCCCUUUAGUUUUUCAUGUUUGCCAAAAAGGUCACAUUUAUCUACUUAUUUUCUAAUUUUAUUACUUAUUUCAGUCUAUACUUGCUUGUUAUUAACUUGGUCUCCUUAAAAACACCUAAAACAGGCCCUAUGUUUACGCUUUUCCACUUCUCUAGUACAUAGUGUUUAUAAUCUUCUACCAAGAACAGUUAUUCUCUAUUUUGCCCUCGAUAAGGUAGCACUGAUGUCAGAGAGUUCUUUGUUGCAUGAACUUCUUGGAAGCUAGGAGAACAAUGUAAGCAUCACUAUACUGACUGCUGCAGAGUCUCUACCCAAAAUCCCUGAGUAAACAUGAGAAAUUUAGACUUUUUCCUUUCAUUGCUCUCCUUCCUGUGGUUACAAGCUAAAUGAUUUCCUCUUAAAUUCAGUCCAUGAGGUCUCAAUACCAUUUUUUUCAUGGUUCAUCAUAUUUCAUCGUGCUCAUUCUCUUCAUCUCUUUUCAGAAAUGUUUUCUGUGAGUCUUAUGCAGGAAAUGAUCCACCUGUUGGCUGCAGUGACCAUGUAGCGAUAGUAUUCCUCUGUAACUGAGAUGAAAGCAUCUAAUAUUGGGUCCUGAAGCCUUUGGUUGUACAAUGUUCCUGCAAACCUUCUAUGCCCAAUUGCUCACAAGACUAGGAGUCAUAACUGCACUCCCUGGGAGGGUUGGUAAGUAUCUGAAUUCACCGUGUAGAAUAGAAAGGAUAAACUGUUUUUUUUAGUGGCUGUGAUGAGCUCAGAAACCAAAUACGUAGAACCCUUGGGUAUGCACAGGUAAAAGCUUGGGCUUUUUAAAAGACAUUUCACACAGGUGGACUACUGUUUUUAUGUGUGCAAACAAACAGCAUGACUGUUUCCUAUAAACAUAAGUCCUGUUGCCAUGACAAAGGACUUGGCUACUUGCAAAGUUAUACAAGCUGUCAAAUAUUAAAAAUCUUCAGAGUCUAUUUGGACCACUUGGUCUUCUCUGAAAUGGGAAGUUAAUAUUUUCUGAAAUCUAGAAGCAUAUUUAAAAGUGAGCCAAUAUGAAAAUUGUUCUCUGAGCUCACAAACAAGUUGCUUAGAUCUUUUGAACAAGAUACCAACUGAUAAAACGCAACCUAAUACCUGCAGUUCUAGAUGUGAUUUCAAAUUUGUGUCUUUGAUUUCUACUGGAUCUCUCAAAAAAACCCAACAAACCAAAAAUAUUUGUGAUCUAUGUAGGCAGAAACAAUCCAAGGAAUUGAGUUGGAUGCUUUGAUGUGGGUGAGAAUCAGGCUUUUUAUGUCUUUGCAAUUAUUUUAUGCAACUUAAGACUCUUCUAUGAAAGAGUGAGGCUACUGACAUUAAUGUCACAUUAAACACAGAAGUGGGUCAUAGUGACACAUGUAAUAUCACAAAUUCCAAAAUUAUGAGAUUUUUAUGAGUAGGCGUUGAACUUACUCUUAGAAAAAGAAGAACAAUGAACAGGAAUCAUGAUCUGAUCAUCCUCUGAAAUAGGAUUAAAAAAAGAAUCAAGCAACUAGGUAACUUUUUGAAUAAUGGACAUGUACCAGAAAUCUGAAGUAGAAAAAGCCAGCUAAAUUGCUGUAAAACAAAAGGCAUCACCAGAGCUCUUCAAAGAGCAGAUAUUCCCUUUACUUUUAUUUGUGUAUCUCUCUGUAACUUGAGAUCUUUUGGUUUGCCUUUACUCAUCCUGAGAUGGUAUGAUAGGUCUGCGUUUUACGUAGUUAAUGAAGCUGUGAGGCAUAAGGCUAAACAUCAGCUGAACAAGUAUUUCCAAGCAGCUGGAUAAAAGCAGACUAAGAAGUGUAGCAAACAGAGUAAUGCAUGAUAUAGUCACUCUAUCCAGCGUAGGCAGAGAGCCUCAGCUGGAGAACUUGAGAAUCCCUUAGUGUUUUCAGAAAAAUAUACUGAUUUGUGCAAAGAACAUAGAAAACUACUGAAUUAGAGGGGUCUAGUAAAUGUAAAUUAUGAAAAACACUUGUAGCAAUUAUUGGUUAGCUGUUAGAAAACUGAAGGGAGAAGGAAAUCUUCAGAGUGAUGAGCAAAAGCAGACAGGCGAGUUGGGAAUGUUUACUAGAACUUGGCGCUGCUCAUCUUGAAGACCUUGGAAGGUGGUAAUGAAGGAGCCAGCUAGCAGAAGUUUGCUGAUAAGUGGGCAUUGGAAUGCAGAAAGCUGGAAAACAACCAGAAGAGACUGUGCUUGCGCACAGUUCAAGGGGGAAAAACUUUUUUUCAUCCUGAGGAAGACUUCAUCCCUACGACUCUGGCCCACGACCACCAGGAGGCACUACACAGAUGCAAGACUGGAGCGAACUUUCCAGAACUAAUUAUAAUAUAAAGAGGGGAAAGGUUAUGGAUAUGUAGUAGGCGCUUAUAACUAUGCACGACUUUACACUAUAAGUGGCUGUUAAGUUAUAUGGUGUGCAAGCUAGGAGGAGAACCCUCUUGCACCCCAGUGCUGGAAAUAAAUGCAACUGCUUUAUAACUCAUUUUGGGUUAUAGGGUUUGAUUCCACAAAACAAGAGGAAAAAAGACUGCUGCAAAAAAAAGUAAGUUGUAAAUUUUGGUCUCUAAAGGUGCAUUUUUCAGCCACUCAGUUCCUGAUAACACAACAUCUGCAGUUUUGGAAUUGACACAGCAAAUAAUUGUUCUAUCUACAGCUAAGUGUUUGUCUA